AUGUCAUCACAUCAUUAAGAGAGUUUACCCUAAAUAAGAUCAUUUAUGGUGGAGAGAAAUGCUUACAUAAUAGAUUUAACAAAAAGAACCAUAAUUAAAAAAGGCAAUUAAUAAGUCAAAUUGAAGCUACCAAGCUUGAGUUAAAGAUAGUCAAUAAUUACAAUCAGGGAUCCUCCAAAAAUUAAACAAAAAAGGGACUCAUUAACUGAAAAGAUUAGAAAAAUUCUUGAUUAUUAAUCUCCUUAAUUCAGUUUGAAAAGAAUGUUAGAAAAAAAAGUUAAAACAGUGACAUUUCUUUGA